AUGGACGCUUCCCGGGCACCCUCCCGCGUGCUCGAGGAGCCUGUCGGCACACGAGCUCCGACCACGGCCUCGCAGCAUGCGUUCACCAAUGCCGACGACUCGGUGACACUCAAAGGAAAUCAGAAUGCUCUGAAGCAGGAGAGCCGCAUCAAGAGCUUGGAUCACUCCCUCCGGUCCCUCCUGGCUGGAGGCAUGGCCGGAUGCGCUGCAAAAACAGUAGUCGCUCCUCUUGACCGCGUCAAGAUUCUUUUCCAAACCUCGAAUCCCCAGUUCGCCAAAUACACGGGCCACGCAUUCGGUCUCUUUCGCGCCAUCCAAGACAUAUCUUCGACCUCGGGGUUGCGCGGCCUGUUCAAAGGCCACAGUGCCACUCUCCUACGCAUAUUCCCCUACGCGGGCAUAAAGUUCCUCGCCUACGACCAAUAUCGCGCGAUCAUAAUUCCCAGCAAGUCCUACGAGACGUUAUGGCGACGCUACAUCACGGGCAGCCUCGCGGGCGUAACCUCGGUCUUCUUUGCCUACCCUCUCGAGGUGAUCCGCGUGCGACUGGCGUUCGAGACCAAAGCCGAUGGCAAGUCUUCGCUGUCCCAGAUCUUCAAACAGAUCUACCACGAGCAGCCACCCCAGGUCCGCCCGAACACCUCAGGGGAAGGCGCGAUCGCAGCUGCAGAGAGCGUCGUGCAGCGAGUCGUGCCCACUUCCGGACUCAUCAACUUUUACCGUGGCUUCACGCCGUCCGUGCUGGGAAUGCUGCAGUACGCUGGAACUGGUUUCCUGGUUCACGACACAAUCGGGGACUUCUUCCGGCACCCACGAUUCGCGCAGUAUACCUUGAUGGUCCCGGAGGACGCUGCGCUGAUGGCUAAGCCGGCCGACGACGGUAAGCGGUAUAAACGACCGCAGCUGAGAGCGGGAGCGGAACUCGUGUCGGGGGCGCUGGCCGGUCUGGUUUCGCAGACCGCAUCGUAUCCGCUUGAGAUCAUCCGGCGGCGGAUGCAGGUGGGCGGAGCUGUGGGGGAUGGGCAUCGACUGGGCAUGGGCGAGACUGCGCGGCGGAUCUUGCUGGAGAGAGGCUGGCGAGGCUUCUUCGUUGGGCUGAGCAUUGGGUAUCUCAAGGUUGCGCCAAUGUCGGCGACGAGCUUCUUCGUCUGGGAGCGCGGCAAGUGGCUUCUCGGCAUCGACUGA